UCCAAUGGCAAAGACGCCUCUCUCUCUCUCUCUCUCUUCUUCUCCCUCUGUGCCCAAAACCCCAUUUGAUUCCGGGCUUUGAAAUCCGGCACCUUUUCCUCUCCCCUCCUCUGCUCUGCUGAACCAAACCCAAGAAGAACACCUCAAAAGAACCACCUCACACACCUAGCUGAGCUGCUCUCUCUCUCUCACACACACUCUCUUGGUUGUGGUAGCUGUAGCUGCCGCUGCUGCUGCUCACUCUCUCUCACUCGGUAGCUAGCUAGCUGCUAGCUGGCUGCUGCUGCCGUUGCUUAAAGAAGGGGAGAGUAGCCGUUGGAGACCCGGAGCAAUGUCGGAGCAGCCAUUGCCGCAGCCACGGAGCAGCAUGAGGGAGGCGCUGGAGAAGGAGGACAAGGAGAAGGCUGCCGCGGUGGCGGCCAAGGAGAAGGCGGCCAAGGACAAGGCCCCGCCGCCGGUCGCGGCGCCGCCCAUGGCCAAGAACGGCGGCAAGAACGGCGGCGGCGGCGGGAACGGCGGGGGAGGUGCGCAGCCGCCGGCGGCGGAGGAGACGACGAGGGAGAUCCAGGUGGUGCGCGAGGCGUACCGCAGGGAGCCCGCGGCGCCCGCCUACGUGAUGCCCGAGGAGCCGCCCGCCAUGGUGGAGCUCGUCGGGUGGUACCUCUACGGGUUCUGCUCCUUCUUCAUCACGCAUCUCUUGCUGCCUGUGCUCUUCCCCGCCAUCGUCACCCAGGUCGCCUUCCCGGCUUCAGACUUCACGCCGGAGGCCAAGUACGUCGUCAAGGGCGCCACCUGCUCCGUCCAUGAGAUGUCCAUGUACCAGAGGCUGACCAGGCACUCCAUUGCCAUUGCUGAUUCUAAUCUGUCGCCGCUGGGCUGGAGUGGUCUGUCAUGGGCAAUUGGCAUACUCAUUGCGGCGCCGAUCCUCACCCAGGUUGCGCACCACCUUGACCGUGGACAGUACCAGUCGCUUAUCCUCAUUGCUGCCACGUCGUUUGGCUCGUUCUUCUGCCUCCUCACUGGCUUCUUCAAGACAGUUUGGGUGUUCCUGUUCUACAUCCUCUUUAUUGCUUCAGCUAUCAUCGUUGCUGAGGCCGUUCACACCCGCAAUCUUGGACUGAUGAUCCGUGGCCUUGCGGCUCAUGAUUCAGGCAAGCACCUUGUCCUUCGUCGCCGUGCUGCUGCUAGCCAGCUCAGUCUGUACUGCACUGCCAUUGGUGGUAUUGGGGCUGCGCUCAUGGCUGCAUUCAUGUAUCACAUGCUAAGGCGCACUGACCAGCUCACCGGCCUCUGGGUCGUCUCCAUUUUCAGUGGCCUUAUCUGGUUCAUUGGCAUCUGCCAUGGUCUUUUCACAAACAGGCCAAGCAGCUCAUCACCCACCACAGCAUUUGAGCCCAACUUUUUCACCAAGCUCACCUACAGCAUGACCAUCGCCCGUUACCCACAGGCCAUUGGAAGCUUAGUAGCAGUGUUCCUGUCAUCUUUUGCCACAAUGUGCAUCUUCACCAGUGGCACCUUGUAUGCUAUUGGUGGCGUUUGCAUCAAGCCAGUCCUUGUGCUCGUGCUGUGGAUCCUCUACUUCCUGUUCCCCUUGAUUUCGCUUCCACUGCUCCACCCAAUUCAGAUCAUUAUCCGUGCUGAUGCUGUCCGCAUGCAGCUGCUUGGGUUCAUCAUCGCGCUGUUCGUGUCAGGUGCUGGGUUCUAUUUCAAGAACCACAGGUGGAGGGCUGCACACAUCAUCGUUAUUGCCCUUGUGCAGAGCACAGCCAACGGUAUCCUGUACUCAUUUGGUCGUAUCCUGCUGCUUGACGCCUCGCCACCGGGCAAGGAAGGUGCAUUUGCUAUCUGGUAUGCAUAUGUACGCUGCAUCGGUGCAAUGAUCGGCUUUGCUGCUGCAUCAGCUGGCCCCGGGCGUGCAGGAGGAUCGUUCGCUGCUGCAUUCCUCGGCUGCUUCCUCGGCAUCAUUGUGCUGAUCUUCGGCAAUGUCAGCAACAUCGGGGCGCUGAAGGCUGCCGGGCAUCUCAAGGGAAUGGAAGAUGAGAAGAGGCUGGGUGAGAAAGGGGAAGGCAUGAGCGCGGUUGCUGAUUCAGGCGAAGGAAGAGGGAGGGUAUGAUUGAUUAAACUGGGUUGGUUCUUUGGGAAGGAAAGAUUGCAUUGUUGUGGAGGUUGUGUUUGUGAGGGAUUUCUUCUUUCUUGUUUUCUUGUUCAUGUUUCAGUGACACUGUUAAUUCGGUGCUUUGCCCCUUUGAUGCAUGAUUAUGUUGACAUAGUGGUAGAGGGAAAGUGUGUGCUAGUUGUUAAUGUGUUAUUCUUUUGCUUGGAAGACAAUUGUAACUGAUGAUAUGGUUCUUUGUUCAUCGCCCCACCCAAAAAUCUCUACCAGUCAUGCUUUCCGUGAUUUCUGUCUGAAAAUGUGAUUGUGUAGAGUGAAAUAAUAAACUUCUGCUGUAA